UGGCUGACAUUUGACAACAUGCACCACCAGUGGCUUCUGUUGGCCACAUGCUUUUGGGUGAUUUUCAUGUUCAUGGUGGCCAGCAAGUUCAUCACACUGACCUUUAAGGACCCUGAUGCCUACAGCGCCAAGCAGGAGUUUCUGUUCCUGACUGCCGCGCCCGAUGCGGGGAGGUCGCUGAGAGAGACGCACUUCCCUGAGGAGCUGAAGCUUACCGGGAAUAUGCUGCCGGGAGGGCGGCUCGUUCAACCCUUGGUCUAUAUGCAACGCCUGGAGCUUGUCAGAAACGUGUGCAGGGAGGACACCCUGAGGAACCUCUCACACACCGCCAUCUCCAAGUUUGUCCUCGACCGGAUAUUCGUCUGUGACAAGCACGAGAUUCUCUUCUGCCAGACGCCCAAAGUGGGCAACACCCAGUGGAAGAAAGUGCUGAUCGUGCUGAACGGAGCCUUUCCUUCCAUCGAAGAGAUCCCUGAAAGCGUGGUGCACGACCACGAGAAGAACGGCCUCCCGCGUCUCUCUUCCUUCAGCGAUGCAGAAAUUCAGAAGCGCUUGAAGACAUACUUCAAGUUUUUUAUCGUAAGAGAUCCCUUUGAGAGACUGAUUUCUGCGUUUAAGGAUAAGUUUGUUCACAACCCCCGCUUUGAGCCUUGGUACAGGCACGAGAUUGCCCCUGGCAUCAUCAGGAAGUACAGGAGGAACCGAACGGAGACCAGGGGCAUCCAGUUUGAAGACUUUGUGCGCUACCUGGGUGAUCCGAACCAUAGGUGGCUGGACCUUCAGUUUGGGGACCACAUCAUCCACUGGGUGACAUACGUGGAACUGUGCGCACCCUGCGAGAUCAAGUACAGCGUCAUCGGUCACCACGAGACCCUGGAGGACGAUGCCCCAUACAUCUUGAAAGAGGCUGGCAUAGACCACCUGGUGUCUUACCCCACCAUCCCCCCGGGCAUCACCGCAUAUAACAGAACCAAAGUCGAGCACUACUUUCUGGGUGUCAGCAAACGAGACAUCCGGCGCCUCUAUGCACGUUUUGAAGGGGACUUUAAACUCUUUGGGUAUCAGAAGCCAGACUUUUUGCUAAACUAA